AAGAAAGCCCUGAAGACCAGGAGAGGAAAUACUUCACAUUUUGGGAUUUUAUUGAAGCAGACAACAUCACGAAAAUUAAAAGACGAAACAAGAAAGGAAACAGUUCUUCACUCAGUACAAGUUUUUUGUCUUGCUGAAAAACGUCUCCAGCUGUGGAUCGAAGCACUGGUUCAGAAAUUACAGAAGAAAUGUGAAGAUACAUUUUCGUCUUUGACGCACUGAGACAAACCUCUGCUCCCCGUUCUCACAGGUCAGAUGUGUGUGUGGAUGUAAAACGCUGCUGUUAGCUGACAGUUACAGGUUUGGUUACACCUCUACCAGCUGAAACUCGACCCUCCGUCCUCUGCCCGCAAACCGGGGCGCCCGGAGCUGGAGGUGCCGCGGGGGACGCCAUGGGACGGUCCAAAUACUGAUGUGAUGGGCUGUUGAUGGAGAGGAUUUCGGAUGUCAGCCGGGACAGUGGUCAUCGCAGGAGGAAUUCUGGCUACAGUCAUCUUACUGACCAUCGUCGCUGUACUGUGUUUAUGUAGGUUGCAGUAUUACUGCUGUAAGAGGGAGGAGUCUGAGAAGGGGGAAGAGGAGGAACCAGAGCUCGCCACUAUGUCGCCUUCCCGCCCUCUGGCUCUGUCCGCUCCCCCUACGCCUCCAACGCCGGAGCACUACGGCGACGAACCGGAGAACUACCCCCCCACCUUCCUUACUGAGGCCAACGGGCCUGCCAGCUACUCCCCCACACCGCCGCCGCGCAGGUGCCAGCGCUCACACGCCUUCUGCCCGUCCUGCGCCCGCUGCUCACUGCCCUUCUACCUGCAGCACCCGGAGAGGCUGUGUAACGGCGGGCGCAGGAUCAGCUACAGGACUGUGCAGCAGCAGGACCUGGAGCUGCCCAUGGACCUGGCCAGCUUCUAUCAGAAGCUCAACCUCAUUCGCUCCGUCACCAUGAGGGAGGUGGUCACCCACAGCGUCAGCACUGACGUCUAGGAGCUGGCAGGAGGGAGGCAUCGCCGUCCUGUUGGCCUGGGGAAAGGUUGCUUUAUACAAACUGCACUGACUCGUCUGCAAACACACUAAAUUAACAUGUUAUAUAAGCGCUCUGCUGUGGAAGCAGCGUUAGCACUGUGCUGUACUGGUGUACUACAACACUGAGGGCUUUUGGGUGAUGUGACAUCUCCUGGCAGCCAUUUUGGAGGUCCACAGCUCUGGAGCAACUGCCAACAGCUGAAUGCAUUUGUGAACAUAAACGUGUUUCUGACAGACUUGAACAGACUCAGUUUUAAGGUGGAGUCAGCGAUUCUGGAGAAAGAUUGUUGACAAUACGCUUUGACAUUUAGCAUGUCCCAGAGUCACCGUCCCACUGCCUUUCUCUUUAUUCUCAAAGUCCACUUCCAGCCUGCUGUUGCGAUGUGACUAAAGGUUGAGGGAAAGGUCACUUUUGGUACCAUUUGAAGCAAAGCAGAGAACUGCUCAGAGAGGCGGCAAAUUAAGAUUGUUGUCUUUGUGACAUCAACACGCCGACAUAGGGAAGAGCUGCUGGGUGACAGGCUGUAAAACUUACGAGACGAGACAAAUCCAGUUCUCCAGUUUUAUAUCAUACCAGUUGAGGAAUUGUGUAAGAAAAAGUGUCUGGCGGACAUCAUCAGGUAAACACAGACGGGAGUGUCAACCAAAACAGGCCCUGGUGCCCCAGGUCAGAUCACACUUAUGUGUGCUGUACCCAUUUCAUAGCAGGUGAGAACAAUACACGAAUAACAGUGGUGUAACUGAAAUACACCGAGCCCACGUUUGGUCUUGGAUUUUGGCAGUUGUUAUGAGCCCAGGCUCAGCCAGUUUAAAAUACCUAUACUUGUAUUAUAAUUAUUUUUUAAGUUAGCACCAAGACAUGUAAGACAACCUUAGGCAUGAUUCAAGGCCGAUCUGGGUGAGUAUUCUGUCAAUACUUGUUCUAGAAAUCACCAGAAAGGGCUUCAAAAUAAUCGAAC